CGUCACCGCGCCGCGCCCCAGGAAGGCCCCGCCCCGUUCCGCCCCCCGCGGAGCGUGGUGUCCUAGGCGCUGGGUAGGACCGACAUGGCGCGCGAGUUGAGGGUGCUGCUGCUAUGGGGGCGCAGUCUGCGGGCGCCAGCUUUGGCGGCCGUCCCGAGAGGAAAAGCCACUCUGUGUCCUUGGCGGACCCCAGCCCCGUCCAGGAACCCCGGGAGAAACCUGGCUUCGAGCUUCCACGCCGCACGGCUCUUCAGCUCGCAGGCUGCUGAGGACCGGACGGAGGAGCCCCUGCACUCCAUCAUCCACAGCACGGAGACCGUGCAGGGUUCCAUUUCCAAACAUGAGUUCCAGGCCGAGACAAAGAAGCUUCUGGACAUUGUUGCCCGUUCCUUGUACUCCGAGAAAGAGGUGUUUAUACGGGAGCUGAUCUCCAACGCGAGCGACGCCUUGGAAAAGCUGCGGCACAAGCUGGUGUCUGAAGGCCAAACGCUGCCAGAAAUGGAGAUCCACUUACAGACGGACGCUGAGAAAGGCACCAUCACAAUCCAGGACACUGGCAUCGGGAUGACACAGGAGGAGCUGGUGUCCAACCUGGGGACGAUUGCCAGGUCGGGGUCAAAGGCCUUUCUGGAGGCGCUGCAGAGCCAGGCGGAGGCCAGCAGCAAGAUCAUCGGCCAGUUCGGAGUGGGUUUCUACUCGGCUUUCAUGGUGGCUGACAGAGUGGAGGUGUAUUCCCGCUCCGCGGACCCGGGCAGCCCUGGUUACCAGUGGCUCUCAGAUGGCUCCGGGGUGUUUGAAAUCGCUGAAGCCUCGGGAGUGAGAACUGGGACCAAAAUCAUCAUCCACCUCAAGUCAGACAGCACAGAGUUUGCCAGCGAGGCCCGUGUUCGAGAUGUAGUGACAAAAUACAGUAACUUUGUCAGCUUCCCCUUGUACCUGAACGGAAGGCGCAUUAAUACCUUGCAGGCGGUCUGGAUGAUGGACCCCAAGGACGUGGGCGAGUGGCAGCACGAGGAGUUCUACCGCUAUGUCGCUCAGGCCCAUGACAGGCCCCGCUACACCCUGCACUACAGGACGGACGCGCCUCUCAACAUCCGCAGCAUCUUCUACGUGCCGGAAAUGAAACCAUCCAUGCUUGACGUGAGCCGGGAGAUGGGCUCCAGCAUUGCGCUGUACAGUCGCAAGGUCCUCAUCCAGACCAAGGCCACUGACAUCCUGCCCAAGUGGCUGCGCUUCGUUCGAGGCGUGGUGGACAGUGAGGACGUCCCCCUGAACCUCAGUCGGGAGCUCCUCCAAGAGAGCGCGCUCAUCAGGAAACUCCGGGACCUUCUACAGCAGAGGCUGAUAAAAUUCUUCGUUGACCAGAGUAAAAAAGACCCUGAAAAAUAUGCCAAGUUUUUUGAAGAUUAUGGCUUAUUCAUGAGGGAGGGCAUCGUGACCACUGCUGAACAAGAGGUCAAGGAGGAUAUUGCAAAGCUGCUACGGUACGAGUCCUCGGCACUGCCUGCUGGGCAGCUGACCAGUCUCUCGGACUAUGCCGGCCGCAUGCGGGCUGGCACCCGCACCAUCUACUACCUGUGCGCCCCCAGCCGGCACCUGGCCGAGCAUUCACCCUACUAUGAGGCCAUGAAGCAGAAAAACAUGGAGGUUCUCUUCUGCUACGAGCAGUUCGAUGAACUGACUUUGCUACACCUUCGUGAGUUUGACAAGAAGAAGCUGAUCUCUGUGGAGACCGACAUCGUUGUUGAUCACUAUAAGGAGGAGAAGUUGGAGGACGGGUCCCCGGCCAGUGACCGCCUGUCCGAGAAGGAGACGGAGGACCUGAUGGCCUGGAUGAGAAAUGCGCUGGGGUCACGUGUCACCAACGUGAAGGUGACUCUCCGACUGGACACCCACCCUGCCAUGAUCACCGUGCUGGAGAUGGGGGCCGCCCGGCACUUCCUGCGCAUGCAGCAGCUGGCCAAGACCCAGGAGGAGCGUGCUCAGGUCCUGCAGCCCACGCUGGAGAUCAACCCCAGACACACACUGAUCAAGAAACUCAGUCAGCUGAGAGACAGUGAGCCUGACCUGGCCCAGCUGCUGGUUGACCAGAUCUACGAGAACGCCAUGAUCGCUGCAGGCCUUGUGGAUGACCCCCGAUCCAUGGUGGGCCGCCUGAACCACUUACUUGUCAAGGCCCUGGAACGCCACUGAGGGGCAGGGAUGCCCCGCUCUUGCCUGCAGUGAAAGGCCUCAAGCAGAGGUGACAGAUGGAGGAGGCAGCCAGGGAUGAAGGACUAGAUGCCACCAAUGAGAACAUCCCCUUUGAGCUUUAUUUACUUAAAUUAAAGGUAUUUCUUAAUCUAA